AUGAUUCUUCCUAUUCAACAAUCACCACGGUCCGCAGUAUGGGGACAUCAUUACUUAGAACGAAAAUUUCACUCUUAUCCGUUACCAACACUGCACUAUCGUCGCGAUUAUUUAGCAUAUUCUGAAUGGAUUUUAUAUCAUUUCAAUUUACUAUCGAAAUUUCAAUUAACGCCCUCCCAACAAGAAUUACAAAAGAAAAGAGAAAUCGAACAGAUUCACAUGUGUCUCGAGUCAUGUUCGAGAAAACGACAAACUGCGCCAUCGGACGAUUAUACCAGUGAAUGGAUUGUCGAAUUAAGUCGUCGAGGUCAUAAUAAUAGUGAAAUUUACAAUGCGGAUGAACUAGUUCAAGCUCUUUUAACUGCACUUCCUGAUCAUUCGAAUUCACAACUACGUGUUUAG